UGGGCGGUCAGUCUCAGUACAAAGAGUAUUAGAUACUGAGGUUGACUGAAGUAGCAUAACAAAUACGAACGUUUCCGAGAUAAUAGGAUAAUACGAUGCAUUUGUUUAAAGGCGCGAAAAUGUUUUGUGCGAAGACGUCUCGAAGAUGCAGGCCGGUUUAGUGUUUAUUUUAAGGUAAUGGUAAGGAUGGCCGUCGCGAUAGCACCUCCUCCGUAAAUUUGCUGCUGUUUUAUUAACCGAAUCGAAAAUCUGUGUGCCUAUAAAGUGAUAGUUUUGUGGUUUGAGUGGUACGAACCUGUGGGAGUCCUACAAAUUCUCGGUCGCUAGGUCGUAGAACUGUUUUUGCGUGACAACGCUUCACCUUUCACUUACACAUUCACUACACAACCUAGCUGGGAAUAUAACACACUAAUCACAACUUUGGCCUGGAAUUGCAUUGCACAACGCGGAGCGGCAGCGAUAUAUGGGCGACAAGCGACAGUGAUUAAGCGGAUCAGUGAUAUUAUUGGAGUGCAGUUCUAUCAUCUUUAUUUAUUUUUUAUCUGGAGGGUGGCUUGCCGCCUUGUGCAUUCCAACAGCUACCGUACCGAUAGUCAUGCGUACAUUUGACCGUUCGGUUGACGUUAUUCCCCAUCCUCGCAAUGUGUUUGGCGCAGUGGUAUAGUGGAGGGACUAGAGCGGCAUGCAUACUGUGUGUUCCGGGUUCCAAUCUUGGAGAACGUACUUCUGGUGUCCAGUGCAAUGUGCACUGUGAGAAGCAAAAGAAAAUCAGUAGCGAGAAGGUUCCCCCCUGACUUUGGUUUUGGAGCAUCUACAGCUGCUUAUCAGACAGAAGGCGCUUGGGAUGUUGAUGGCAAAGGUUGGUCAAUGUGGGACCACCUAGUUAGAACUGAUCCUAAUCAUAUCGCAAAUAGCAGCACUGGAGAUAUUGCGGCUAACUCUUACCAUAACUACAGAAGAGAUGUUCAGAUGCUGAAGGAAUUAGGUUCCAAAUAUUACAGAUUAUCAAUAUCGUGGCCACGAAUCCUGCCCUAUGGUCGAGGGGACUACGUGGAACCGAGAGGAAUCGCUUAUUAUAAUGACUUGAUCAACGAGCUCCUUACAAAUGGGAUCACUCCCUUCGUGACCAUGUACCACUGGGAUCUCCCUCAACACCUGAACGAGCAAGGAGGAUGGUUAAAUGAGGAAAUUAUUGAUUGGUUUGGUGAUUACGCCAGAGUCCUUUAUCAGAAUUUCGGAGAUCGUGUCAAGCAUUGGCUGACUAUAAACGAACCUUACAUCCAUUGCCUCUUUGGCUAUGGCACCGGCAUCCAUGCUCCUCGCCUCAAGUCCCCUGGAAUCUUCUUCUACGAGUGCGGAAGGAAUAUUCUUCUGGCGCAUGCCAGGGCAUAUCAGAUCUACAACGAAGAAUUUAGGAGCACACAGAAUGGACAAGUUGCAAUAGUGAUAAGCUCAGAUUGGGCGUACCCAGCUUCCGAUUUGCUAGAUGAUCUUGAAGCUACUGAGGACUACUUUGCAUUUCAUCUUCGCCAAUUCUCUGAUCCCAUUUUCUCCAAAACUGGUAACUAUCCGCAAAGACUGAUAGACCGUGUCCAAGCAGCCAGCACUGCAGAAGGUCUGUCAACUUCUCGUCUUCGCCCCUUCACCCAAGAACAGAUCGAUCUGAUCCGAGGAAGCUCUGAUUUUAUGGCACUUAAUAGCUACACUAGUAGAUAUGUGUAUCGGAACAGUUCAUUGGAAGGCGCUUAUGAAAUACCUUCGAAUGAUAAUGAUGCGUUCUUGGGCACUCAUAUGGAUGAGUCGUGGCCCCCUAGUGCCAGUCCUUGGACGAGGGAACACGCACCGGGUCUAUAUAACCUAUUAGUCUACAUUAAAAACAUCUACAACAAUUCUCCUAUAUAUAUAACGGAAACCGGUUUUUCGACAGUAGGCUCGGAUCUUAAUGAUGAUGGCAGAGUUCAAUACCACAGGAACUACUUGAAUUCUGUAUUGGAUGCGUUAGAUGAAGGUGUUGAUGUCCGUGGAUACUUUGCUUGGAGUUUGCUUGACAACUUCGAGUGGACGAUGGGUUAUACACUAAAAUUUGGUCUUUACCAAGUCGACAUGGAAGACGUAAAGCGGACCAGAACGCCACGGAAAUCAGCGCUCGUGUACAAGGAGAUCAUCAAUAGUCGUGUGAUAGACUAUGAGUACAACCCGGACCCGUAUGCUGACGGCGCUGUUGCCACAAGUGUAUCCAUUCUUUUAAUAUCUGUGGCAAUUUUUAAUAUUACGCUUUAAUAAUACGAAUAAUCUUAUUAGAAUUUUUUAUAGAUAAAUUAUAAUUUUAGAAGUAUUUGAA